GUUAAAAACAAUCAAGCCUGCAAGGCUUCAACGGCGACGUUUUGUCACUUUGUUAUUCGUCGACUUCUCGAGCUCCCAGAUUCUUCAGCUAACCCAUCAUUAUAAAGCCACCGCCACUUCGUGCUCAGACGGUUUCAAUCAGAGACAAGCAAAAACCGAUCAAUGGGUUUGCGCGCACAAAACGACGGCGUCCGGGGCAGGAGGAAAUCAUCGACGAGAGGCCACCACAGGUUCGUGGGCGUUCGACAGAGGCCAUCGGGGAGAUGGGUCGCCGAGAUUAAGGACUCUCUGCAAAAGGUGAGGCUUUGGCUCGGGACGUUCGACACAGCGGAGGACGCCGCUCGAGCCUACGACGACGCGGCUCGAGCGCUGCGCGGUGCGAACGCCCGAACCAACUUCGAAUUGCCCCAAUCGACCAAUGAGUCCGGCCAUGCCAAUGGCGGUGCCGGCGUGGCCGAAAAUGUGGAGCCUUUUUCUUUUGAGGCUGUGUGUGGAAAUGGGGCUGAAGCCGAUGGGUUGCUUGGCGCGCUCAGGGCUAAGCUGCUCGACGGCAAAGGGUGUGUGGUUCCGCAACCACGGGGGAAUAAUGGUGGUGCCAAGAUGGAGCCGUUUCCUAUUGGUCCACGUGGCGUGGUGGGUUUUGUGAACCCGAACCCGCCUCCUUCUUCAUCCGGGUCGGCGAAGGAGGAUCCCAUUGUGUUGGAUAUUAACGGUCAUGAUCAUCGGUGGGGUCAUCAUCAAGCUCAGCCUAGUCACACAGCAUCAAACCAGAGCAUGGCUUGGAGCAAUGAGUCCCCAGCAUUAGCAUAUGACCAAGUGCCGAAUUGGUCAACAUGGUCAACGCAAACUGGUUCAUUUACAGAGCAGUGCCCUAUGGAGCUGCCAUUGCAGAUCACAAGCCUUGCUGGGGAUGGUAAAGUGACAGCGGUGAGGACACAGCAGCUGUCACAGAUUGAUGGGUCAGCAAUUUUGGGGUCAUCAGCUUCAGGUGCUUGGCCUUCAGACCAGCAGCAGUUUUUACACUGUGACAACAAUUGGGCGGCAGGUGGUGCAAAUGCUUCUUGGGACCCACUCUUCUAUGCAUCCUCUGUUCUGGGGUGAUAGAUGAGAUCAUAUCAGAUAAAAAUUAAUUUUUUUGUUUCUUUUAGGUGUUUUUAAAAAUACCUUUUUAACCUUACAAGCUAAGUCUUCUUUGCAGGCUAAUCAUUCUUUAAUGCGUGUGUGUUCCCAAUAAUAAAUUAUGUAUCCUCCUCCCCCCUCUUUCUUUGUGUGUUGCAGUAGUGAGUGACAAUUAUGUAAAUUUAUAAAUGGCUCUAGUUAAUCAGGUUUAA